AUGGAGAAGGAUGUACGGGAAAUCGUAAAUAAGAAAGUUGUUGUGAAACGUUACGGUAAAACCGAUUGGAAAAAACUACAUCCUGCCAUUAAGGAUGUACUUAUUGACUUACGACUUCGUGGAGAUUACACGCUAAAAGCACGUGAGAUAAUACAACUGGCAGUCGCUAAUGAUGACUUGAAAACAUUGACCGACCAUAUGCAAGACUGUCGGAAUUGGAGAAACGUUCCAAACCUUAGGUGUAGGAGACGUUUUGAAUUUCUACUAAACUUUAAAGUGGAUCGCGGGCAGUUAACGUUCGACGCAGAAGGAGAAGAAGGAGGAAGGUUGCACAGCCGAAAGCUUCGUGUUCCGACUGCCAAGUCUGGUUUAACCUUAGGACGGGGAUACGACAUGAAAGAUAAAACUAAAGAACAAAUUGAAGAAGAUCUGAGCGAAAAGCAGGGAUUUGCAAGGAAAACGCAAAACUGCUCUCCUGUGCCGCGGAACUUCAGGGCGAAGCUGCUAGAAAGUUUAUGAAGGUAACCGAGGAAAUAUAUAUUCCCUAGUUGUAGUAAGAUUAUAUUUUUAUGUGCAUGGUAUAUGUUGUGUGGAGGUAAUAUAUUUUCUAUCAAGCUAGGUAUAACAUUUUUAUGUAAGUAGUACGUACUAUUUUAAACACGCAUAGGAGUGUUUUAUCAUAUUUAAAACGUGAGUGCGCAACAAGAGAAUCUUAGGCCUGUUUUAUACUAUACGUCGAAUUUUGGUCGCGUGGAAUGCAAUUAAGACAACAGAUAAUGAGAUCAGUGGCGUAGCGCUCAUUGGUUAGGGUUAGUUCAAAAACUAAGGCCCCCCGACAGUUGGGGGCCCCCAUCAGCCACGGCUUAUCGCCCAGAAAAUUAGAAAACGUAAAAAUGCAGGUGAAGAAUCAAUUGGAAAAUGCAAAAUUAAUAAUGGUAAAUAAUAAACCUCCAUCGACAACGGUAGCCGAUUUUUUUACUCCAUCUCAAAUAAAACAAAAGUUUAUUCUUAUUAGUUGUUACAUGGGUUGGAGACUGUUGUUGUUGUUGUUAUAGACACGGAAUUUUCCAGAACAUUCUAUGAAUAUUCAAUAUAAAAUAUAAUAUCUCAGUCAAACAAUGACAACAAUCAUCAGGGGCCUCCACACUAAAUAUGCCUAAGGGCCCCCUCUUCCUCCCCGUUACGCCACUGAAUGAGAUGAUAAACCUCAUUAAGCUUCAUUAUCUAUUGCUUGAAUUGCAUUCGACGCGACCAAAUUCGACGUAUAAAACAGGCCUUAUAGAUGAUAAAACACGACUACAAGUGUUUCGAACAGCUUCAAACACGACUAUACAGUAUAGAUGUUGUCUCAUUAGUAUUCUUUAUAUAAAUAAUAGUAAUUAGGAUGGACUUUUAUAUAAAGAAUACUGAUGAAGAUGAGUUUUAUCAGGUAUAAAGCCUCACGUGACGUAUUAUGAUUGACACAAUUUGCCAAUGAACUUAUGAAUAUUAAUGAUGUUUGAAAUAUUAUUUAUUGUGUCAAAGUAAAAUCUUUUGUACCUGAUUAAGGUUCGAAGUCAUUCUCGUACCCAGAGCCCUUCUUACGCGCGGUCAACGGAGCACGACGAGGGGCUCUGGCCAAAUCAUAACCGGAUACCACAAAAACAUGGUAUCCGGUUUAACACUGCGCAUGCUCAACGUCAAACGCGGAUAAAUACUUCGGUUUUCUUGUUUGUUUCGUUUUGAAAGUUUUACUCCAGGAAAACCCCACAAAAUCGGUAGGUUUCGCUAAUUUUAUUUAUUUAAAUCAAUUAGUAGGUAAGACGUGAUGUUCUCAAUGCAUGUUGAUAAAAUUUAGUAUAUAUUUCCCUCUUUAACGUUGUCAAAGCAGUAAUGGAUACGGAUAUUCGAUUUUAAGUCGCUGUUGUACAGAUUUUUAGACUUUUUUUGUGUUUUAUUAAAAGUCAACAGUCAUACAUAAGACAUACUAUACUGCAAAUCCUUUGAAAAUUGUAAAAAAUCGGUUUCUAGGAAGAAAAUAGUCAUCACAAUUAACUUCAUAUUCUGGCUGGCUUUAAUAUUUUCUCUUCAGAUGGCACUUCAGCUUUGAACAUGUAUUAAACACAGAUUUGUUUGACUAUUAAACAUCACUGAUUUGGAAAUACGACGAGCAUCUGCCAUAAAUAUGUUGAUUUUUUGCUAUGACAACAUCACGUCUCAACCUAAUAAUUUCAAUCAACUGAUUGAUUUAAAUAAAUAUAAAGAUUAGCGAAACCUACCGCUUUUGUGGACGAUUAUCAAUAACAAUCUUCCUAACUGCUUCGUACUGCUGUUCUUUCAACUUUAAUAAUGUCUUUUCUCCCAAUUUUCAAAGCGAAACCAACGCUUCAUGGAGCGCUUGUGUAUUUUUAUUCAUAUUUACUAUAAUAAACCAUAUAUUUCGUUGUGGCCAAUCAGAUGCCAGUUUGAUAUGGAUUUGGCCAGAGCCCCUCGUCGCGCUCGGUCGAACCCAUAGAUAUAGGAGAUCUAGAUUGCUAACGCAUACCUAGCGCAGGCGGGGCCUACAUGAUAAAUCCAAGAUGGCGGUACAAGAGAGCAAAAAGACUAUAGAUUCUAUUACGAAAAUCAAGAUUUUUGCAUUUUUUGCCGUCGCAUUGUUGUGAAACUUAUUCGGUCAAAUUUUAUGGUAAUGAGAAACUUACCGCGAAGAUUUUGAGCAUAUUUAUGAUUGAAUUGGAUGAAAACUCGCAAAAUUAUCCAGCGAUAAAAGUUCGUGUAUAGUACUGAUAUAGUACUAUAUAUGUAACUUGUACAGUUUCGCUUUAAUUUUUGCUCACUAUUUGCAUAGAAAGCAAAUUAUAACAGACCAUAGAUGAUAGACCCUUAUCCAGUGCUCUCAUCAGUUUACUUCUCUAACAAGCAAGGAGGGGGGGCGGGGGGGGGGGUACAUAACAGUUCAUUUUUCAUAAUUAUGAGGACAGAGCAGAUGAUGAUGAAAGAUGCAAGUAUAAAACACCAUUCACAAGACUAGAUGUUAACAUAGCACAGUAUUUCUGGCAAUAAAACGCUCCAACUGACCAACUGACAAUUUCACACGAACUUUUAUCGCUGGAUAAUUUUGCGAGUUUUCAUCCAAUUCAAUCAUAUAUAUGCUCUAAAUCUUCGCGGUACGUUUCUCUUUACCAUAAAAUUUGACCGAAUAAGUUUCAAAACAAUGCGACGGCAAAAAAUGCAAAAAUCUUGAUUUUCGUAAUAGAAUCUAUAGUCUUUUUGCCCUCUUGUACCGCCAUCUUGGAUUUAUCAUGUAGGCCCCGCCUGCGCUAGGUAUGCGUUAGCAAUCUAGUCUCCUAUAUCUAUGGUCGAACCCGCGUAAGAAGGGCUCUGGGUACGAGAAUGGUUCAAAGUAAUAUUUUUGUGUUAAAGGUGAAUAACAUGCAGUCGGUACUGCUCUUUGAAGAAGUGUGUUUACAUUUUUCUGUCGACGAUCUUGUUUUUAUGGGCGGAAUUUGUUUUAAAUCCGAUGAUGCAUGGUUACAACUAACAGCUAACGAGCGUUCCUCUCUUCUCUGCUUCUGAGACUCACCAAAACAAACAGAAGUGGAACAUGCCACCCAGUAAUUCCGCCCGAGUUCCGGUGGGAAAGGAAACAUUUAUUAUGUACUAUUUAAAAAACGAGCAGGAGUGUUUUAUUAGGUUUAAAGCCAGGAGCGCGCAGCGCGAGUGGCUUUAGACCUAAUAAAACACGACCUGCGAGUUUUUUAAAUGGCUUCAAAAACGUUUGCAUAAUAAGUCAAAUCUUUAUAUAAAAAUGUUUAUAUAAAAAUCUUUAUAUAGUUUGCAUAACAAUGGUCUUUUGUUAAAGUGUUUUUUAGCUGGUAUAAAGACGUAUGCACGUGACUAAUUUCUUACUCAAGAUUGGAUAAUUGCUUCAUGAAUUAUUAAUGAGUUUUUGAAUAUUAUUUAAACAUAUUUAUCCACGGUAACCUGUCAGACAUAUGUUUUUCAAAAGCACUAGCAAAGUCUGAAGUCCAUCAAUCGUGGGUGCAUGACUAUGGUUCACCGUUCAUCAUGGGUGGCCAUCCUCACUGCUGGUCAUCCUGUCAUGAAUAGCGAACACUGAUUGGUCAAAUUUGCAUUAUAACGACAGCGAAAUAUUGAAGUAAACAAACAUUUCUUGCAAAUAUAUUUCCUUUUUUGCAAGAUUUGGUAAAAGUGUUUUUGUUUUAAUAUUACCUAGGACAACAAACUGGAAAACUUUGAAAUAACUCCACUUCAACAAAAGAUACUCUUUGAAAUUACUUACAAAGCAAUGGAGGAGGAUGUACAGAAAAUCGUGAACGAGAAAGAUGUCGUAGAACUUUACGGCAAAACCGAUUGGAACAAACUACAUCCUGCCAUUAAGGAAGUAGUUAUUGACUUACAAUUUCGUGGAGAUUACACGCCAGCAGCACGCGAGAUAAUACAAGAGGCAGUCGCUACUAAUUACUUUUUACUAUUCUACGACCUUAUGAAAGACCGAAAGAAUUGGAAGAACGUUCCGAAAGAUAGGUUUCAGAGACGUGAAAUAUAUCUACUAUAUUGGCAGUAA